AUGGAUAUGCAACUUACACCUGUGUCAUCAGAGGAGGCCAUCUUCGAAUGGUCAGAUCAUUCAACUAGCCCAGAUCGAGACGACGUCGAAGAAAUCAUACGACAAACACAGGGAGUAUACCCAAACAUUCCUAGGCGACCAAGAGUGAUCCGAGCACCAACUCGUCGACGAGUUCGAAUUGACGAAUCUUGUGGUGAUUAUUCGAGUGUCAACUUUCAACAUUAUAAAUUUGGGAGAAUUGAAAUGAGAGCUGGCAGUAUGGAUGGUUCAGAUGGUUCAAACUCCUCCGCAAUUACGGUUAUGACUUCGGCGACCUCAUCGUGCGGUGAUCCUUGGAGCGCAGGGGGAUUUGUAGAGGAGGAGCAAGAUGGCCAUGAACAUAACGGAUCGGUGGAAGGUAGUUGGGAUGGAGAACACAUACAUGAACACGAUCAUGAUCAUGAUCAAGAUCACGAUUUUGAUAUGUUGUUGGAACCAAAAUUGGAGCCUUUGGAUGAUGAGGUAAACUUGGAGUCGGUCGCUCCGCGCACAUCUUCGACACUACCCUCGCCUGCGCAACCGAAACGACCCCGUGGUCGCCCGCGUAAAAAUCCCGUACAAACUAUCGAGCCAUUGCACAAGAUUGCGAAAGGAAGAUCAAAGACUGGUUGUGUAACAUGUAGGAGAAGAAAGAAGAAGUGUGAUGAAGCCAAACCUAGGUGUAUGAAUUGCGAAAAGAAUGCAGUCGUUUGUGAAGGCUAUCCAGAAAAACAAGUCUGGAAGAGUGGGAAGGAAAAGGCUGAAGAAGGGUCAGCUUGCCCAAUAUAA